AAUUAACACGGUUUCGUCUGACCGAUUCACCAGAGUCUCCGGUUAGUUCAUUAAGGGUUUGCUCAAACGCUUUCUCCUCUGCUUCCCUAAUUUCGGAAACAUUCGCCUGAUUUUCUGAGAUUUUGGAAUUUCUUCGAAUUGAUUGCCAUGCUGAGCUCAAGAUUUCGACUGCUGAAAUCGAGGCGACUUGCGGAGCCACCUCCGGCUGAUGUCGCGGUUAUGUGUAUUUGCAGGAAAUGAAAGUGAUCUCCUUAUUGCGGCAAAUCAGCCACUUCCUGUCGACUAAAACUGUGGUGCAGCAUGUAAGAACAAAUGCAAGUUCGGACAAACGUGUUGUCUUGGUCAGUGGUUUUACUUGGCUUAGUCUUCGAUUCUCUACGCGUUUCAGCGUCAAGUUUUCUAGAUCUCUAAAGCUUUCGUGCUCGCCGAUAUAAAUCUCUAAUAUCGGUCCCGUAAGAUCGAAUUAGAUUCGCGUCGUUUUUUAAGGAACCAAAAUAAUGGCGCAACAAUCGUUGUUCUACAGUUUCAUCGCUCGCGGCACCGUAAUCCUCGUCGAGUUCACAGAUUUCAAAGGCAAUUUCACAUCUGUCGCUGCUCAGUACCUUGAGAAUCUUCCUUCCUCGAACAACAAGUUUACCUACAACUGCGAUGGUCAUACGUUCAACGACCUCGUCGAAAAUGGAUUCACCUAUUGUGUUGUUGCAGUUGAUUCUGCUGGGAGGGAGAUUCCUAUGGCUUUCUUGGAACGCGUGAAGGAGGAUUUUUAUAAGAGAUAUGGUGGUGAAAAGGCUGCAACUGAUCAAGCAAAUAGCUUGAAUAAAGAAUUUGGGUCGAAUCUGAAAGAGCACAUGCAGUAUUGCAUGGAUCAUCCUGAUGAGAUUAGCAACCUUGCUAAAGCUAAAGCUCAAGUGUCUGAAGUUAAAAGUUUAAUGAUGGAAAACAUUGAGAAGGUUCUUGCCCGUGGUGUGAUAUGUGAGAUGCUGGGUAGUUCAGAGGUUAGUUCUCUUAGGCAUAUGGUUCUAAGUUCCAUACACAUAGAUAUGCUUGAGUUGCCAGUUCUCUCUUACUAAUGUUGUCUUGGGUUUCCAACUUUUAAUUGAACUCGAAACUGUCACAGUCACAGCCGCAAGCUUUCUAUAUAAAAAGAACUCAAAUGAAAAGGAAGAAGUGGUUUCAGAACAUGAAGAUAAAACUCAUUGUCCUUGCAAUUAUCAUUGCCUUGAUUCUCAUCAUCAUCCUCUCGGUUUGUGGGGGAUUCAACUGCGGUAAAUAAGUCUGGAACAUUUCUUCCCGGCGUUAUCGACUGCGCUCUGUGCUUCCCAAGAUCUCUGAGAAUAUCUUCAUUCAGUUCGUUGUGCUGCUUUCUUUUUGUGGUUUCUAAUUUCUAAUUUCUGCUAUGUCCUUUCUACUUAGGUUGUACAUAAAUAUUAUACAUAUAUGUAUGUCCUUUCUUCUUUGAAAUUGGUUUUGUAUAGGCCAUAUAUAUGUAUGAAUGUUUUUGCUAUUACUGGUACUGACACUGAUUCUUGCGAACCAAUACUGUGACGAGAUUUAAA